UGUGUAUUUAUCUGCGCAUUCAGUCUCAGUUGGCUCUCUGAUGUGAACGUGGCCGUAGCCUGUUACGUUUCUCCGUGUAUUUUGCCGAUAAAAGGGGCGUUGUGACCGGGAAAACCUGUGGAUGCAACAAUCCAACGAUCCUUACAAAGGGGAAUUAAGAUUAAACUCUUGAUUCAAGUUUUGACUACUGCCUGAUUUUCCAAAAAAAAAAAAAAAAAAAAAAAAAAAAAAAAAAAAAAAAAAAAAAUCUAACUGCCAGUGUUAUUUAUGUGAAUUUUAUUUGUAUCUAGAACAGAGAACUUGCAAAGAUACGCACCAUCGAUACAAGAAACGCAAUAGGAUAUGUUUAUGAAUAGAAAAGAUUUCCCUCCGGUUGAUCACAAUAGCAAGUGACAAAAGGCCGUGUUUAUUCUUAAGCCAAAAAUUCAAGAGACAGAACACAAAACUCGAUUUUUGGUCAAGUUUUUUCUCUCUCUCGCUCAUACGAACGCCUGCCUUCGCCACCUGUCAACGAAACAGGUGUCUUAUCCCAUCUCCGUGACAUCUGUUGGUCCUGGGACUGCAAUAUGGGAUAGUUUUGACCCAAGUGCUGAUUCAGGGCCUGUGAAAGGGCGCCGAUACCCUACCCUAAGGGAGAAACCACCUGUGUUCACUAUGCAGCGUUAACGUGGUCGCCCAUCUGCAAAAAGAAUUUCAUCUGUUCAACCCCGAAACCAUCUGUAAAUAAUUGUCUACGAAGGACAAAGUGAUGACCACCAUGAUGGUAGGAGGCGCAGGUGCUUUUGGAGGCGGUGGCUUGGGCGUCGGCCGAAGGGGCCUCUCGCCUCCGUCAGGAACCAGCAGCCACAACCAAAGACAUUCUUCACCACAGCCGCCCUUGUCGCCGGCGUCCAGUGACUCACCUACUUCCCCAGUCAGCCCCGGGCGUCAUGGAAAUAAAGCAUGUGGUGUUUGUGGAGAUGUAGCGAAGUCCAUGCACUUUGGAGGGCUGUCAUGCGAUUCCUGCAAAGCCUUCUUCAGGAGAUCAGUGCAGAACAAUGCAUAUAAGGGAUUUACAUGUCCAUACGAAAAGAAAUGUGUGAUUGCUGUGUCUUCAAGAAAAGCAUGUCAGUACUGCAGAUUUCACAAAUGCCUCAACAUAGGUAUGGAGAAGGGUUGGGUGAUGUCAGAGGACGAGCGACGCAAGAUGAUGCAACAGCGUCAGGAAAAGAAGCUAAAAGCUGAUCAGAAGAAGCAUCAUGAGACAAAGGACAUUGACAAAUAUAGCCUAAGUGAGGAGGAUAAUACAGAGAUACAGAUAAUUGUUUCUCUCUAUAGAAAAGCAUACCAAGAUGUUCCUUAUGAUACCAGUUGCCAGAAUGAUGGUGCAGCAGGUGUCAUGUCUCCUUGGAUGACAUUCUGCAAGAGAAUAGGAUAUUUCUUUUCACUCUUUAGGGAAUUCACUGAGCUCCCCAGUGGUGAUCAAGCAACACUUAUGAAAACUGCCAUUACAUCAGCUUGUAUCAUCAUGGGCUCUGUUGUAUAUGAUUCAAGUACGGGCAAAUGGCCAGGGAAACCUAUAACGAGAUCAGGUUUCGUACCCAAUGUAUCUUCACAGAAUGUAAAGCAACUAGUGCCUUCAGAUUUGAUGUCACGUGUAGAGCAAUUCUUCAGAAAGUUUCAGCAGAUAUGCCCAGAUGAAACGAUGGCCAUGAUACUUAUAUUAGUGACUCUUUACUCUUCUGAACUAAUAGGUUUGGAGGCAAAAGAGACCAUUCAAGCUCUUCAGGACAGAUAUACACGUAUCUUGCACCAUUAUGUUGCAUGGAAAUAUAAGGAAAAGUCACACAUGAUGUUCCCCAAGGUCUUAGUAUCUCUUGCUGACAUUCGUGAGUUAUCAGAACGCACAUGUCAGAUGCGGAUCCAGCAGGGAUUUUCUUCCAGCAACCAAAAUAUCACAUCACUACUUCCAAAAUCCAAUCCUCAAGGUUCUUCCUCUGCAACACCUAUGGAUACAUGCCAAUCAGAAGAAGCAGCCUUAGACAGUACAGACAGUGGGAUGGUAAAUGUAAAGGAAGAAUUUGAUAUAGAUUGUAAUUCUGCUCUUAACACUCCAGCUGCCCACAAGCGUGCAAGGUUAGAGGCAACUGGUAGUGCUCGUGAUCAUACCUACCAAAAGAUAUUGCAAAAGGUCAUGGAUCAGAUGCACAGCUCUUUGCAUUUGCGAGCCCCACAGUUGCUUCCCAUUGUCAUUCAUAUUGUAAAAAAGAUCAAAGCUGAAGGUGGAGGUGUUGACGAUUCAUCUCAUACCACCAAAACUCACCAUGUCAAACAGCCAAGAGGUGGUACAAAACGGAGACAGGUUGAAGUCAAACAGGAACAAAUAGAAGAGGAUUGUAAUGCACAGUUCUCUCAAGAUUUACCUAACUCAGACCUGAAUGACCCAAUGUCUCCAGACAUUCAUCAUCAAACUCCACACUUCAAUCUUAGUCAACAGCUUCAGCAAGAUCUUCAUCCUCCACAGACUGAGGUUUUGCACCAGCAGCAGUUCAUACCCCCAUCAGCAGACAUUAAUUUAGGAUACCCAGCCUCCCCAAUGGAUUCAACAGAUUCAUUUGACAUGCUGCCCACGUCACCUCUUCAUUGCCAAAAUUCAAUCAUGUCACCAAACCUAAUGCUUUCUGCAAACCAUUCAGCUGAUGUCAGGCUGUCACCUCAAGUUCCACUCAUGGCACCUGUUGCCCCUUAUACUCCUCCUUCAGUAGUGACUUCAUCACCCAUGCCAGUCCAGCAGUCAGAAGUCUUUCCUGUUGCAGACAUGCCAUUGCCUUCUCCAAUGGCCGCUCCUUCACCGUACUCUGAUACUUCUAGUUCAUCUCCACCUGAAAGCUCCCAGUCGCCACUGUCUGAACUCUUCACGGAAGAGCUGUCAGAUGUAGAAAUAGAUGUACUAACCCAGUUGAUGGACUAUGUUUGUAAUUCAAAUCUGGAAAAUGUAAGUUCAAUCAAGGAAAUCAUACCAGAACAUCUUUUAACUGAACUUCAAACAAAGUUGUGCACAUAUUCCUUAAAACAAGAAUAAACAGGAAGACCACAUUUUAAGAAGAAGAGAAAAAAGUGAUAAUAUUUUAAGUAUAAUGCAUUGUGAAACAAAAACUUUUAAGGACUCCAUUCAGAACAAUCUUUUGACACAUCUCUUAUGAGGAUAACUUGUACAUUAUUUGCAUUUGGAAUAGAAUAUCCAUUUGUAUUAAGAGAGGUUUACUCUAUUGAAAAACAAGAAACUGUGAAAAUAGACAGUGAACAAAGAUGAAAAAAUGGGUGAUGUUCUAAACAAUGCAUGUUGAAAUUGUCUACAAAGCCACAUAUGUAUAUAAAUGUAUAUAUCACAUGCAUACAAGCUCUGAUGUCUGUGGAUUUGCUUAAUACUUGCUAAUAACUUGAACAAAUCAAUGUUGGAAAGCCAAAAACUAUACCAGUCCCAUACACAGAUUUUUAUGGCAAGUGAAUAUUUAUGAAUAUUUUGUGAUAAUAAUUAUAAGAAAUGGAACUCUUCCCUUUUUUUUUUUUCUUCUUUUUUUUCCAAAGAUGUUGCCAGUGGGUAAUAUGAUUUUGUGGCUAUAGAACUUUGCACCCUUGAUGUAUUAUCAGUUAAGAUGAAAAGCAAACAUUCAUUCCUAAGAAUAAUGAAUGGUAAAAAAAA